CUCUGCCCAUUUACCAAUUCCGGCUAGGUCCCUUCCCCCAACGACGACUGCGACAAGGUACGAACAACCAUCAUGUGCGGCAGAGCAUUACUCGCGGACGUCAAGGUUCCCGUGGUGACGCGGAAGGUGAUGGAGGUCACGGUGUGGCCCGAGAAGAAGAAGCACCGGCGAGGAGGUGGCGGGGGUCGGCGCUUCACGGGGCACAGCGGGCACAGGGGACUCGAGCUAUACAACGAGGAGGAGGACUUUGAGGCCGAUUUUGAGAAGUUCAAGGCUGACUCUAGGGACUAUGACCUGGAUCUCGGUCACGGUGGGGUGGCUGAGAAGGACGACGAUGAUGAGGAAGUCGAGAUCAAGCCCUUGGUCGCCGUCAAGAGGUCCCUCUCCCAUGAUGACUUAAGCACCAUGCCUACUGCUAGUUUUGACGGUCCUUCAGAAAGGCCAGCAAAAAGGAAGAGAAAGAACCAAAUCAACGUUAUCCGUCGGCGCCCCUUGGGUAAGUGGGCUGCUGAAAUCAGAGAUCCUAGCAAGGGUGUCUGUGUCUGGCUCGGUACUUUCAACAGUGCUAAAGAAGCUGCAAGAGCUUAUGAUGCUGAAGCACACAAGAUCCGUGGCAAGAAGGCCGAGGUUAACUUUCCAGAGGAACCAACAGGAUCUGCUGACUUUGCAUCAAACCAACCACCUGUCCCUGCAAUGAACUCUGCUGCCCCUAUUGAAGUUCCUGUAAUGGAUAUCUACUCUGACCAGGGAAGCAACUCUUUUUGCUGCUCUAACUUGGACUGGGAGUAUGACACCAAGAGUCUAGAUAUAUCAUCAAUUGCUCCCAUUUCUACCAUUGCUGAAGGAGCAAAAUCUGCGGUUGUCAAGAAUAACACAUAUAACUCAUUGGUGCCUCUUUUUAUGGAGAAUAAUGCUAUCAAUUUUGAACCUUGGAUGAGAUAUCUUAUGGAUGAUAGCGUGGAUGAGUUGAUUGAUAGCCUACUGAAUUUUGAUGUGCCUCAGGAUGUCGUUGGCAACAUGGACCUUUGGAGCUUCGAUGACAUGCCCAUAUGUGGCAAAUUUUUCUGAGGGAUUCAAACCAUGUAUAUCGGAACAAAGGGAAUAAGACUAUGGGAGAUUGGGAAGCACUCUAUUUUCACCUUCGGCCAACAUAUGCUUAUGUUCAAGCUUAGAUACGAAAGAGUUGCAUCCCGUUUCUCUUUUGUAAUCGACCCUUUCCCUAGUUGUAUGUCUAUGUGUGGCAGACAUUUAUUAGAUUGAUGAACCGUUGUAUUUAUCUUUUGUCAACUUUUAUGUCGUCGCUAUCAUUUCUGAAUGUGAACAUCAUGGAUUUGUGUUCGGUUUGCUUUAA